AUGCACAACCAAUUGUUUGUCCGGGGGGAAUUCAUUACGGCCUUCUUUGCCGUGUCGAUCGGCGCGAUGGCUUUGGGACAAGCCUGCCCUUGCCUCCAAGCCAUCGCCACAGCCAAAGCGACUACCAGCGACAUGUUUCAACUCAUGCGUCCAAUGGUUCGUGAAGUGCCCCCCAGAUUUCUGGACCACUUGGAAGGACACAUUGGCUUGCACGCGGUGCAGUUUGCGUAUCCAUCCCGACCACAUGUACCCGUGUGUGCUGGCUAUUCAUUGACGAUCCCAGCUGGUCAAAAGGUUGCUCUCGUGGGGGGUAGUGGCAGCGGCAAGAGUACGAUCGUGUCUCUGGUCCAGCGCUUUUACGACCCACAACAAGGUUCGCUGACGUUGGACGGCCACGACCUCAAGUCACUGGACGUUCAAUGGCUGCGAAGUCACGUAGGCCUCGUGGGGCAAGAACCAACUUUGUUCACGGGCUCCAUUGCAGACAACAUUCGACAUGGAAAACCGAAUGCUACCAUGGCCGAAAUUAUCGACGCCGCCAAACAGGCCAACGCGUACGAGUUUAUCAUGGCGUUUGCAGGGGGCUUUGACACAGAGGUGGGGGGACAAGGGGCGCAGCUGUCUGGGGGGCAGAAGCAACGAAUUGCCAUCGCCCGCGCCAUCGUCAAGAACCCCGCAGUGCUACUCUUGGAUGAAGCCACCAGUGAAUUAGACGUGGAGAGUGAACGCGUGGUGCAAAGCUCACUCGAUCGCCUCGUCGACACGAGACAGCGCACCACCAUCAUCGUAGCCCACCGCUUGUCCACAAUCCGCCACGCCGAUCGCAUCGUGGUGCUAAGUCAGGGAACCAUCGUUGAAGAUGGCACGCACGAGAGUCUGUUAGCCAUUGACCAUGGGUACUACAAAGAACUGGUCGACGCUCAAUUACAGUGUGACAGCAACUCGGACGAUGAGCGUGUGGACGAUAUCACGCCCCAAGCGACCGUGGUGGGGGGAGCACAACCAAUACAAAUCGAUACCCAAGUAGAGUCUGUGGGUAUAAUCGAUGCACCACAAGUCUCCAUGUCUCGGCUGUGGGCCUACAGUUCCCCCGAAUCGUUCCACUUGGUGCUUGGAAGCUUGGGGGCGUUGGUGCACGGGGCGAUGUACCCACUUUGGGGGGUGCUCUUGACCAAGAGCAUGAUGGUGUUCUUCCAAGUCAACCUCGGGUCUCACGGCAUGCGCGACGAGGCCUUGAUGUGGUCCGUAGGGCUCGUCGUCCUCGGCGUUAUCGCGUUUGGAGCUGCGACAGUGCAAAAUUACCAGUUUGCCAUUGUGUGCGAGCGCCUCACUGGUCGUGUACGCCACAAGUGUUUCGUGGCCAUGUUGCACCAGGACAUGACAUGGUUUGACAUGCCAGCGAACGCCCCCGGCGCCCUCUCGACACGACUGGCGUCCGACGCCGCCUCAAUUCGAUCCAUGACUGCCGAAUCGUUGAAUGCGAUGCUGAUGAACGUAGCAGCGGUCGCGGUGGCGUUUGCGGUGGCCUUUUACUACAGCUGGCAACUGGCGCUGGUGUUUGUGGCGGUCAUUCCAGUCAUGGGCGCCGCGUACGGCUUACAGGUGCGGAUGCUCACGGCGCAAGCCACGAAGAACACCAACGACGGCGAUGUGCAAGCCGGCGCGAUUCUAAGCGAAGCCCUCCACUCGAUUCGCUCGGUGGCGUCCUUAAAUCUGCAAACAUUCAUGGAUCAGCGGUACCUUGACCACCUCCAAGCCAGUGCCAAGACGGAUCAGGUAGCUGGCCUCGUCGGUGGUAUUGCGUACUCGGCAUCCCAGGCACUGACGCUGUACGCCAUGGCCGGCAUCUUGUACUAUGGCGGAUGGUUGGUCCUGAACAACGGGUUGGACUUUCACAGCGUGUAUAUAGUAUUCAACCCGAUCCUGUUUUGUUCAUUUGGGCUGGGGAAAGCGGCGCAAGGCUUGGGGGACGCGGGGGCGGCAGCGAUGGCCACAAACCGCCUCUUUGGCAUCCUGGAUCGCCAGCCAACCAUCGACAGUUCGGACUCGGCAACUGGACUUGUGUUGGAGCACGUAAAGGGACACGUCGAGCUGGAAUUGGUCGAUUUUUACUACCCUCGUCGACCGGACAAUACCGUGUACAGCAACUACAACUUGACGAUUCUGAGCGGUCACACACUUGCACUCGUGGGGGCCAGUGGCAGCGGCAAAAGCACCGCCAUGAGUUUAAUCCAACGGUUCUACGAUCCUUCCGCCGGCGUCUCCCUUCGCCAUCACAUCGCCAUCGUCGGGCAGGAACCUGUGCUCUUCUCCGGGUCCGUUCUAGACAACAUUUGCAUGGGCAAACCAGGGGCGUCGAUCGACGAGAUUCAAGCCGCGGCCAAGCUAGCCCACGCCCACGAUUUUAUCAUGCAGUUCCCAGACAAAUACGACACCCCUGUGGGGGCGCAGGGGCUUCAGGUGUCCGGGGGGCAGAAGCAACGCCUCGCCAUCGCCCGAGCCAUCGGCAGCGAAACGAGUCGACGGCAGACACGGUGAUCGCGUUGGCAACCCCGAAAUCGCCAGACUGGUGAAUUACCAUCCCUAAAUUAAUCCCAUCUCGAUAUACAUACUAGUACACACUACUUACGUGUUGA